GUGGAUUUGUUGAUGCAUUCAUAUGGUCUCAUAUACACUCAAGGGACUGUUUUUGUAAUUAGCUCAAAGAGAGCAAAUUGGCCUCUUCUUCUUGGAAAUUAUCACCCAAACAGCCAAACUACACAAUCAAUCAAGGUUUUGUUCCAGUUCCAAAAUCGCAAAAUUGGAAGUGAAGAGAUCUCAAAACUCUUUGUUUUUCUCUCUCCCUUGACAUGAUUUGAAUCUAAUUUGUUAUUCUCUCCUGAGAUCGACGAGAAUGUGUUUUCUGAAGGUCACCACCCUCGGCUUCUAGCAUAAUCGUUUUGGGUUUUCUCCCUUCUCACAUCACCACCAUUCUAUAUACGUUGUCGGUCGCCUCCGCUGCAACUCUGUAUACUGCAGACAACCACCAUCACGCCCCCUUCUCCGUUCAACAUCGUUGCACCGCUGCUCUCCCUUCUUCGUCCACCUCUGAAUCCGGCGUAUCCUGAACUCCGAAUUUCUAUUUUUAGUAACAACAAAUGGAGGUAUGAUGCUGUAAUAAGCAAAUCACUGAAAGUAUGUUGCUGAAACAAGAUGCUUCCAACUUUAUUAUCCAGAGCAAAAAGCUGCUGAAUUUGCCUAUUUCUUGCGUUUACCAGAACCAGUUAAAUAUUUCAAUAGGAAUGGAAAUCCAGUUAUUCUUCAAAGAAAUAUGGACAAAAUCCUAUGAAGGGUUUUCUGCAUCCCAAUCCAGAGAUGCUAGCUUGGGAGAGGUGAUAGCAGAGCUUCAAAAUCCAAACAAAACAGAUUGAAUUCAUCAUUGAAGCUCUGAACUUUAGGGAGAAAACAAAAUGCUUGGUGAUGGAGGGGAAUCCCCUUCUAGGUAUGAGCUGUUGAGUAUGGUGAAGAAACAUUCAAACUUAAUAGGAAAAACUGUAGUAGAUGAGCAAGAUGCCUCAGAUGUUGAAAUGGAUCAAAAGUUUUGGCAUGAUGUUUUAGAUUUAUAUUUCAUUGGUGGAAGGGAGUCAAAAGAACAGCAGGAUGAUGAUCUGUUAUUCUUUGUUAGGAAAAUGGGCUUGCAUGGAUAUGGCUUCAAUGAUAAUCUUGAAGGCAACUCCCCUUACUUUGUUCGCAGGUGGGCUUCCAAGUUGGAUGAUUUAGUUGGAGAGAGCUCAGUAAUUAUAGAUUGGAGGCGUUCAUUGUACUUGAACUUAAUUGCCCACACUUCAUAUAGUGUAACAGUUGCAAUUUGCAGUCGUCAGUCUCUUCAGAAUUAUCAGAGUAACCAAGGAACACCACUAUCUCCUAUAUACAAGAUAUUGAAAACAGUUUAUGCAUCUCCAAGCCGUGUGAAUUUCCACUUGGACUCGAGAAAGGAAGUGGAAACAAAACCUGCAUAUCCGGAUAUCUGUUUUGCAGUUGAUGACUUUGAUUCAACCUUCGAUGCUGUGGUAUUGACAGAUACAGACCAUUGCUACUGUGUACUUCUAAAUGCAGUUGGAGGGGCAGCAUUCCCCACUCAAAUGCCACCACAAGAUGAUACUACUACUUCAAGUGAAACUGGACAAAUUAAUAAAACUAAGCUUACUCUCUUCUCAGGAUUUGUGAGCUACCAAAUGGUUCGUGAAGCCUAUGAUGCGGGUAAGUCUGGAUUUGGAAGCCUAUUGGCAUUUGGUCACUCUUCUGGUAAAACAAAAACAGACAGGAUAUACAUGAAAGGUCCUGGAGGCCGUGGGGAGGUUGAGGUUGCAGUUUCUGGCGUUGCAGAUCAUAGCCUAGAUGAGUUUGGGUCUCCACACUCGCCUUUGCAUAUAUCAGAAGGAGGAUUUAAGAUUGGUGCAAUGGUACGAAAAGCUGCGUCUGUUGCACAGGUGGCUGCAAAAAAUGCAUAUGCAGCAGCAAGGAAUAAUUCAGAUGGCGGAAUGGACAUGGUCCCACUCAAAUGCUGCCUCAUGUCGAUUUCACUUCCUUGGGAACAUAUUGCUCAUGAUCUUCUUUUCAAGCUCAAGGCUGAUGUUUUUCAGUGACUCAUUUAUCUUCUUAAGUUUUUUUUUUUUGGACCAAAACAUCUUCCUGCAUGUAACCAUGUUAAGUUAUUGUAACAUUCAAAACGCUUGACUAAUAGUAUAAAGACCAAUAAAUUUGACUCUUAUGUCAACUCAUUUGUGGGAACUCUUGUACAACUUCGGAGACGAAACCAAACCAUACAUAUAGCAUUAUGACAUUCAAUAAGUGGAAUGAAAACACAAAUUUCAAC